UGCAAAAAUCUUGGGACGUGGGUUUGCAGUUCUUCGAAGCAUCCUUGCGACCCAUCAAAGCUUUUGGAUUGUCUGGGCUCGUCUGGUCUGCGAAGAAAAGAAAAAACCAGAAAUGCCUAUUGAUUUCGCAGGGGCUGCUGUGGGAGCAGCAUUCGGCGAGCUGUUCUCGCUCGUUAACCACCUAGUGAAAACUGUUGCCGCAUUUCGUGGCCAGCUGAAGAAGAUCCAAACCACUUUGGGCAACAUAGAACCAAUCAUCAAGGACAUCGACAAGUUCAACAAUCUGCUGGACCGGAGUCCGGAAGAGUUGGCUCCGAUCAAGGUCCUAUUGGAGGAAGGCCAAGGACUGGUCAACAAGUGCUUGAAGAUCCACAAGCUCAACCUGUGCACGAAGUAUACACACUCGAGAAAGCUGACCGCCUUCAACGCGGCACUCCAGUUCCAGCUUUACAUACCGCUGCUAAAUGCGAGGGACGCGAAGGAGCUGUUAAUUUCCGUGCUGUCCAACGGCGGGGCCCUCCAGAGUGGGCUUGAGGCUUUUGGCAACCUUGCGGUCCCUGCGGCGCCCGAUUUCAUUGUUGGGUUGGAGGUGGAGGCGUCCUUGAGGCAGCUACAGGAGCAGUUGCUCGAGAAGGGAGCAUCUGUGAUCAUUGUGACCGCCCCAGGCGGGUGCGGGAAGACCACUCUGCUCAAGAAAUUAUGUCAUGAAGCGGCAAUUGAAGGCAAAUUUAAGGACAAAAUCAUGUUUGUUCCCGUCUCGAAGAAGCCCAACCUGACAGACAUUGUCCAGAAAAUGUAUCAACACAAUGGUUUCAAGGUACCCGAGAUUAAAUCAGAAGAGUUUGCAGUUCAUUGCAUGAAGCAACUGCUCAACAAAGUAGGCCAAGAUCCUGUCUUGCUUGUGCUGGACGAUGUCUGGAAAGAAUCGGAAUCCAUCAUUGACAAAUUUAUCUGCGAUGGAAUCAAAGAUUACAAGAUUGUGGUGACAUCAAGAUAUGAGUUUCCUCAUUUUCGUCCUGCCUAUCACCUGAACCCACUGACUCAUGACGAAGCCGUGGAACUUUUUCGUAUAUGCGUCACUGUUGAUGAUAGGAGCAUGGGUGCACCAGAUGCUAAGCUCCUGAAUCAGAUUGUGGAACACUGUAAGCGAUUGCCAUUGGUCAUUAAAGUCGUUGCCAAGUCUCUCCGAGGAAAGGAUUAUGCAUUCUGGAAAAAAAAGCUUCAUGAAUUGUCUGAAGGUCAUUCCCUUCUUGAUUUGGACAUCGAGAUUCUAGAUUGCCUCAGAAAGAGCUUGGACGACUUGGAUGGUGACCCUUCGAUCAAGGAACGUUUCAUGGACCUUGGCUCGUUUCCGGAGGAUUGUCGGAUCCCUGCUACAGCCCUUAUUGAUAUGUGGGUGGAAUUGUACAAGCUAGAUUUUGAUGGUGUGCAGGCCACUCCUGACCUCCAUGAACUCGAGUACAGGAACCUAGCUGAUCUCGUGUUUCCCAGGAGAGAUUCAAGGGACGACGAUGAAUCUUACCGUAGCCACUAUGUUAUGCAGCACGAUCUGCUCAGAGAGCUGGCUAUCAAGGAGUGCAAUCGAGGGGAAGUAGAGAAGAGAGAGAGACUCAUUCUAGACUUGAUGGGAAAUAACUUUCCCAACUGGUGGAGAGAGCAAAAGCAACAGCCUCUCCGUGCUCGUUUAGUGUCCAUCUCCACAGAUGGAAAUUUCUCAACACCCUGGCCGAAUCUCGAGUUGCCUGCAGCUGAGGCUCUUGUCUUGAACUUCCAGGCCAACAUGCAAACCAAAACCUACGCUUUGCCCGAAUUCAUUGCGAAGUCCCACAAGCUUAAGGCCCUGAUAGUAACAAACUACAGUUUCUUUCCCGCUGAGCUGGGCAAUUUCCAUGUCAUAGGGUCCAAUUUACGGAGGAUCAGGCUCGAGCGCAUAGCCGUUCCUUUCCUAAGCAUGGGAAACCUACGGUUGCACAGUUUGAAGAAGAUAUCCUUUUUCAUGUGCGACAUCAGUGAGGCUUCGAUGUCGAAUGGUGCCAAGAUCUCCGAUGCAAUGCCAAACUUAGUGGAGCUCGACAUCGACUAUUGCAAUGAUCUUGUGACAUUACCGGAUGACAUCUGUGAGAUAAAGCCUUUGCGGAAAUUUAGCAUCACAAACUGCCAUAACUUGUCCGCUCUCCCCGAACAAAUUGGGCAAUCGGCAUCCCUUGAAGUAAUCAGGCUUAACUCCUGCACAAACUUGUUGCGGUUACCGGACUCGAUUCGAAGCCUCCAAAACUUGAGAUUUCUCGAUAUAUCUGAUUGCCUGAAUCUAAGGGCCUUGCCUGACCAAAUUGGUCAAAUUGUUAAUCUCGAGAGGAUACACAUGAGAGGAUGUCUGAGGUUGUCUGGGUUGCCGGCGUCUAUCGUGAAGUUGAGGAACUUGAGGAAGGUGGUUUGUGAGGAAGACAAAGUCGCCAUGUGGAGGCCUCUUAAGGACACUCUCAACUGCUUGGAGAUAACUCUGUUUGAAGAAGAAGCCAACUUAGAUUGGCUAAAUGAUUAAGCUGGGGUAUUGACAUCUGCU